AAUUUCGUAAUCUGCAUCAUUAUUCAUCAUAAUCGUGUUGUUGGUGGUACUACUAAGUGUAGUUUACAGAACAAGAAAAAAUAACGCAGAAUACCCUAUAGUUUCCACUGAAAGAAAUGCAUCAAACGUGUCAUCAGAUAACAUAACUAGAGAUUCACCAGUAAUCUAUGCCGCAGUCGUGCGUCCUAACAAGAAACCGGACAGGAGUGUAGAACAGAGUGACCAAAUGUACGGAAAUAUGCUAAAGCUGCAAAAACCUUAUCGAGAGAGGAAAAAGAAAGCAAGGACCUCUAAUUUCAACAAGAGUAACAAUGCAAUGAAUGAGGAAGGUGUAAAAUAUGGUACCCCGGCAACCUACUCCUUUGUGGAACAUCCUAACAAAACUUCACCCCUGGAUGUACGAAAUCCUGACAGGACUUCAUCAUUGGAUAUAAGACAUCAUGACAGGGCGUUAUCACUGGAUGUCAGACAUCAUGGUAGGACUUCAUCAUCUGAUGAAGGACAGUACGAUCAGGAGUAUGGAAACAUGACGAUGUGUUAGUAGGAGAACCAAGGAGAAUAUUCGUUUAAAGAUAGCAACACUAAAGAUGUACUUUACACUCAAGGUCCUGCGUGAUGUGUUAGAUUUCAUAACGAAAUGUUUCGACUUUCAUGAAUAUAAUUUUUGAAUCACUAAUAUGUUUGUUAGAAUAUAUGAAGUCAUAAAUAUAAUGAAGUAUUUUGAUGUCAUUCUGAUAAAAUCUAAGAAACAUAAUGUGAAGAUACGUAUAAUUAAUGAUCAUGCAUUUUUUGCCUUUAAAACUCACAAAAAAUGUGAGUGUUAUUUUCUUAUGACUGCACACGUCUUAUUGUUUUUCUUUUAUUUUCAUGAGCUGAAUGUGGUAUUUUAACAAUAGAGGGACUAAUCGUUGUGCAAACAUUUGUAUGUUUAAUUCAACACGUUUAAUUUGUUUGAUAUUAUAAUGCUAACCUCCUCAAAAAUAAAUUUACUUAUCUGGGAUUGGUUUUGUACUCUAAUAUUAUGUAUAGAGUAAUAAUAUUUUGUAAUUAUUGUUAAUUAAAAAAUAUUUAUUGAA